AUGCCAAGGGUCGCCAAUGAUGCCGUCCUUUGGUUUUUGGGAGAACUGACUUCUAGAAUAGUGGCAGAAUCGGGAAUACCUAGUGAUAGAUAUCACAUGGGCAAAAUUAUACUGCAGAGCCUCAAAGAUGCUCCAGAUUUUCUGAUGCAGAUAGAUGGAGCCAGAGAUGACAAAGAAACCAAUAAGUCAGCAUUAGAGCGAACGGUGCGUUGCGCCUAUGCAAUGAAAGCAGCAGGACUUAAAAUCGGAGAUGUAGUAGCUCUGAUGGCGCCUAAUCAUAUAGAUCUUGCUAUACCUUUUUACGCAGGACGUGACUCCGCUGUCUUUUGUUUGCAAUUAGUCUUUGUCAUUUCAGAUGAUCUCCGCAUUGCAUUUAAUGUUAACAAACCAAGAAUGGUAUUUUGUCAAAGCGAAAAAGCGCCGGUUGUUCAAUCCGUUGUUAAUGAAUUGAAACUUGAUACGCUAAUAGUAACAUUUGAUAAAAGCGAUGACUUUUGUAGCUUCAAUGAAUUCCUUGAGCGUGGUAUGGACGGUCCAAGCGUAGAAGAAUUCAGACCUACCGAUUUUGACCCUGAAAAAACCGUUGCUUUAUUAAUUUGUACGAGUGGCACUACUGGUUUACCGAAAUCUGCUGUGGUCGUGCACAAAAAUUUAGCAAUAACUGCACCUUAUAUGUUCUCAAGAUUCAACGACUUUCCUACUCCGACGCAAAUGUCACUGGUGGUGUCACCCUUAAUUUGGUUAUCAGCUAUCCUCAAUUAUGUACGCGGGGAUAGCGGGACGAGGGGUGUUCACGCGGGGAUAGAGGGGAGAGGGGUAUUGGAUCCGGCGCCGCCGGCGAUCGCAUCGCGCGCGCGCAGUGCCGCCCGCCCCGCAGUGCCUUGUAAACUGUCAGUUCAUAUGCCCGCUACGUCGCUAUUGUACAAAAAUGGCUGCCGAAUCACGCAUCGCGCUUAUGAAAGAGCGAUUUUAUAG